AUGGCCCUUGAUGUGGAAGGUAAUAAUCAGUAUGCACUUACACUACUGGGUGGUGAUAAUGGUAGUGAUGAUCAGUACCAAGUCUCUACUAAUGGUAACAAUAGUCUAACUAAUCGUCCGUAUACUAAAACCACGUCUAAUGUGGACAAUGAGCAAAUGCGGACUGAGAUUGUACGUCUAGAGAAUAUGUUGGCCAGUCGCAUUGCGGCCCGUGCGAAUCAGGACAAGUCAAAUCUCCCGCUAGAACGAUCGAGUAAGAUUGAAAAGUACGUUGAGGUUAUGGAACUGACUAAAUGUCUUCGUCGUCAAAAGGAGUUUUUGCUAAGUGAAAACCGCAAGCGUCAGCGUUUUGCUGAGAAGAUUCAGCAGGCUAUGCCACCUUCAACUGAUAGCAUCCAGUUUAUGAAAAAUGUCAAAUGCCCGCCAGAUGAAGAGCUGGAGAAAGUGUCUCGCGAGGCUUUUUUGGAGAUGAUGGGGUAUCAAGUGAGCGGAGAGGCUGCGACGUACAUGGGUUGGAAGACGAAGCGUGAGUCCAAAUCCAUGUACAUGCACACAUUUUCGGAGAAACGUUUUGUUGGUGAAGACAUGGCGCGCAUCUUUGAUGAGACAUGGAUGAUGUUUUACGAUGAGACCCAGCAAGAACUGCUGCACCGUCGACGAAGCAAGUUUUGUGUUUUAAGGAAGGUGAAUGACGAUAUGUACCUCACGCGCAACAUUCAUCAGUUUAUUGGCGAGAGCUUUCCACGCCAUGCAAUGACCUUGGUGUGCCGCAUUUUGGUUGACAAGAACAAUUUCGUCAUCAUCAGCAAGUCGGUGAUGCCGCCUACAAAUGAUGCGCAACACUUAGUGUGGACUGAUGAGUGCUACAUGUGGAAAUUUGUGAAGCACGUUGAUGCACAGAACGGGUUUGACAUUUCGAUCCGUGGCAAUUAUGGCAGCACUUCGGCGGUGGCAGGUAAUCGUUUACCUAUGCUCGAGUCCUACUUCCAGCUUGUCGACUGGGAGUCGCUGGUCAUUCACCCGAUGUUUGACUUUACAGCAGCGUAG